UUCACAUGUGAUUCAACAGCACGUCAAUUUCAAGCCAUACUGAAGGGAUCAUUGACUUGCGGGAUCCAACGCAUUGAGAUAUCCUCAUCGUGCUGAACCAGACGUCAAGAUGAGCGCUUCUCCCUUCCAAGAGUUGGAGCCAGAUCACGACGACAAGUUCGUCUCAGAACCUCCAGCAUACUACCUCCGCAUUGCAUAUUUCAUCAGCGUAUGGUCCUUCAAAGCCGCGAUCGCACUCGGGCUCGGCGCUCGUCGACUGCUGAUGCCCAGACCACCGAGUCUCCUUCACCCAGAACCAAGAAUGUACCCCAUUCGACCAUCUCUCAAAAGCUUAGUCUAUCGUCCAGAAGAAUCUGGAGAUGAGCCACUGCCCGUGUAUCUGAAUUGCCAUGGGGGUGGUUGGGCGGUAGCAGACCCGGCCGCAGACGAGGAGGUCUGCUCUUUCCUGGCGCGGAACUUCAACAUCAUCGUCGUUUCGGUUGAUUAUCACAAAUCACCAACGUGGAAGUUCCCUUUUGCCGUGGAGGAUGUGGCAGCUAUAGCAGAUGCUAUACUCAAAGACGAGUCUCUCAACAUCGACUCGACGAAGGUUGCAAUGGGAGGAUUCUCGGCAGGAGGAAAUCUGACGUUCGCUGCUUGCCAGCUACCGAUUUUGAAAGGUCGUGUUCACGCGCUGGUUGGAUUCUAUCCUCCGCUUAAUCUCAGGGAGCGCCUGGAUGAGAAGUUAGAACGUCGACCGAGGGAGGCGGGAACAGAUUCUCUUGCGUCGAGUGCGAGGUUUCUGGAUUGGGCUUACGUUCCUUUUGGUGCUGACCGAAAUAAUCCGCUGCUCUCUCCUGGAUUGGCGAAAAAGGAGGAUCUACCGAGAUUCGUUUAUCUGGUUGGUGCCGAGUACGAUUGCCUUUGCCAUGAGGCGGAGCAGCUGGCGGAGCGUUUGGUGGAUCCUGCCGAGGAAAGAACCACUAUUCCUGGUGUUUCGACAGAAGAUGGGUGGAAACAAGGUGGUGUUAGAUGGGAGUGUGCGAGAGGCAGAUUUCAUGCCUUCACUCAUGUAGCAGAAUGGAGUAGGGAGAAGGAAAAUGAGAGAGUGAAGGUUGUUGACGAAUUGUACAGCCGUGUGGGAGCAUGGCUCAAGGAAGGGGUCUGGGUAGAUCGACCUUUGCCAUAGUAUCCUCUUGAUAUUGAAUGAGAAAGCAAAAUCUCCGUUCUUGUGAAAUGUAGUUUCAUACAAAUUUGCCUAUCAAAGCUGUCUGCUAGAAAUAGAAGGCUAUAUGAAAGGACAAACAUAGCCAAUAGGAUGGUGCGAAGAAUUUUUGGCCCACCCAGGUCGAUAUAAAAUAUAAGUAUCG